GGACUUAAAUUUCUCUUCUCGCUAAAAGGAAGCUUUGGUGACUCAACUCCCAAGCAAUCUGAAAAAUCAUGGCACCGGAACCCGAAGAUGAGAUCAAGGACGAGAAGAACCCUAGACCUCUUGAUGAGGACGACAUCGCUCUUCUCAAAACCUAUGGUUUAGGACCUUACUCGAAUAGCAUUAAGAAAGUUGAGAAAGAAAUCAAGGAUAUGGCUAAGAAGGUGAACGACUUAUGUGGUAUCAAGGAGUCUGACACUGGCUUAGCUGCACCCAGCCAGUGGGAUCUUGUUUCUGAUAAGCAGAUGAUGCAGGAGGAGCAACCUCUUCAGGUGGCAAGGUGCACCAAGAUAAUCAAUCCUAACUCUGAGGAUGCCAAAUAUGUUAUUAAUGUUAAGCAAAUUGCUAAGUUUGUUGUUGGGCUUGGCGACAAAGUUUCUCCUACUGAUAUCGAAGAAGGCAUGCGUGUGGGGGUUGAUCGGAAUAAAUAUCAGAUUCAAAUUCCCUUGCCUCCAAAAAUUGAUCCAAGUGUGACCAUGAUGACAGUGGAGGAGAAGCCGGAUGUGACAUAUAAUGAUGUCGGGGGUUGCAAGGAGCAAAUUGAAAAGAUGCGAGAAGUUGUUGAGCUACCCAUGCUUCAUCCUGAGAAAUUUGUGAAACUUGGUAUUGAUCCCCCAAAGGGUGUUCUCUGCUAUGGCCCUCCUGGUACAGGUAAAACACUUCUAGCCAGAGCUGUGGCUAAUAGAACUGAUGCAUGUUUCAUCCGUGUUAUUGGAAGUGAGCUUGUUCAGAAAUAUGUUGGUGAGGGAGCUCGAAUGGUUCGUGAGUUGUUUCAGAUGGCACGUUCAAAAAAGGCUUGUAUUGUGUUUUUCGAUGAAGUUGAUGCUAUAGGAGGUGCACGUUUUGAUGAUGGUGUUGGCGGUGAUAAUGAGGUCCAGCGUACAAUGCUUGAAAUUGUGAAUCAACUUGAUGGGUUUGAUGCUCGUGGAAAUAUCAAAGUCCUAAUGGCGACAAACAGGCCUGACACUCUUGAUCCUGCAUUGUUACGACCAGGACGGUUAGAUCGUAAGGUUGAGUUUGGCCUUCCUGACUUGGAGAGCCGAGCACAGAUAUUUAAGAUCCAUACACGAACAAUGAACUGUGAAAGAGAUAUCCGAUUUGAACUCUUGGCUCGGCUUUGCCCAAAUUCAACUGGAGCUGAUAUAAGGAGUGUAUGCACAGAAGCUGGUAUGUACGCCAUCAGGGCGAGAAGGAAAACAGUGACAGAGAAAGACUUCCUUGAUGCAGUGAAUAAGGUUAUUAAGGGAUACCAAAAGUUCAGUGCAACCCCGAAAUACAUGGUCUACAAUUGAUUCUGCGGCUCACAUUCUAGACCGUCUGCUUCCUGUUUCAUCCAUUUCAAUAUCUGUUGUCUAAACUUGUGCUUGUGCUACAUCCUUUCUGCUUAAGGAACAUUUUGUAUUUUUCUCAUAAUUGUCCGGAUUUACAAUUUAUUGGAACUGUAUUUAGUUACUUUUACCUUGACUCUUUUC